AUGCUUAGUAAAGACAGAUGUUUCUGUGAAAAUGAGAAAGAAAUUGACAAGAAAGCUGAAGAAAUUAGUGUAGAUAAAAAUGCAGAGUUCGCUGCAAAAGUCAACAAAAGACUGAUUAUUCAAAAACAACAAUACAAACAUGUCCAAGAAGUAUAUGAUAAAAGACUUACUAAUAGUGAAAAUACAAUUUUGGCAUCUCUACCAAAUUCUCUCCUUUCAGAACUAUCUCACUUAUUUAAAUCUGUGGAACAAUUUCAAGAAGAGAUUAAUUUAAGUCAAGGAUUGUUAAAACAGUUGUCUAAAUAUCGCAUAGUUGCUAAAAAGUUGAAUAAAGAUUCUAAUAAUAUGUGUGCAUCUUUAAAUUUUGAUAAUAUGAGUACUGAAAACUCUAUAGCAGAAAAGUUGGCUCAAUUAUUCAAAAUAGCUUAUAGUAGUGAAAUGGAAUUUUAA